CUGUAAAAGCAUUCAAAAUCCCAAUCGGCCAUUGUUGGAUGUGAUCCUUGUGCAUAGUUUGUAAUAAUUUUUAUCAUUGUGAUAGUUUUUCGGUGAUUUUUAUAACAGAUCUUCAAAAGAUAGAGUGACCAGUGAUUACUACACCAAAAUCCAACCUAAUAGUUUCAUUUAAGUGUAUAUUUUCAAACUUAAAAUGCUUUCAAAAUGUCACGCGAAGUGAGCUUCAGAUUUGUGAACACCAUACCGUACUUUAAAUAAAUGUGGUUUUCUUUCAAAUAAGUUUGUUAUUGACAUUUUUUUAGUGCUACUGCCUGUUAACAAUGUCCAAUGGGUAUUGUGGAUUUGUUAAAUUAUAACAUGCGCAUAUGAAAACGAUUUAGUUUUUCUGUACACGUCGUAAGGAGCGCAGUUACGCGGGCGAAGGCUUCAAAGUUGCCGGCAACAUUAUGGUGGACUGAAAGAGUGUUUGUUAUAGAAUCGGAAUAAAACACGCCUUGUAAACAGCGCCAAAGGCUCCGUGCAUUAUGUCCGGUGGCUCGCAACACAACCCUAAUGGAAGACAAUCGCAACUGGGAGCGGGUUGGAGCCCAUUACAGUUACAGGUGGCCAAUCUGCUGGCACGAGCUCCUCAAGCGCACAUGGCUUCGGAGAGGGGUCUGACUUGGCACACACCAACUCCACCACCACAUUUAUACCAUGUACCAGCCCCAUCACCACCCGAUCCGUUACAAGGUCUUUUGACGUUGCAGGCAAUGAAGGGUGCCAACUCGGUGUUCAGACACACAGCCACCCCUCCAGAACUGUUCAGACACACGCCCACACCUCCGGACAAACAUUUGAUGCGGCACACUCCAUCCCCGGGUGACGUCAAGGCCGGAGCUGCACUCCCGCCGAGUGAUCUGUAUCCUCAUUUGGGACCAGGGAGGGAAAAACUCCUCCGAGCUGAUGAGUUGCUGGCGUACGCGCGUGGUGGGGUCGACCUGACGGUGGGCUCGCGGGGGUCCAACGGUUCUCCCACAAUACACUCGGGUCCUGCGCUGUCCGUCCGCGAUGCGCCCACAAUCAACAGCCUGCUCGCCCGGUCGCGUCCGGCCCACGCGAGGGUGGACUCUCUACUGGAGCGUCUCUCCGCCGCACCCCCCGUCUCCCCCCACUCCGUCAUAGUUCACCCCCGCGCCGCUCCCACGCCGUCACCCCCCUCCUCUAAUGAGGUUAGUCUGUAUGAUUCGGCGGAUUCUUGCGGCGCCCCGCCGGGUUCCAAACGGAAACGGAAACCGGAACGCACAAUACGUGUUCCUGUACCACCUCCUCCGCCCGCUGAAGUACCAAGACCCGCAACACCGCCUAGAGUUUUACCAGUACCGACACAGCCGUUAGAAAAUGGCGACACAGGACACAUGACACAAAACGGACCACAGAAACCUCCCACUCCACAGCCACCAGAACCACACGCUAGAAGAAAAACACGAUCAGGUUCCGCUGAGACCAUAGACGAUAUAGCGGCCAUGAUCGCCAGUACAGACUCAGAGCGUCGAGAUACAAUCCCAGAACCGGCUCCACCUGAACCGGAAGUUCCGGUCACAGUUGAUAAACUAAAAAGUGUCUUAGCAAGUCCAGAACCCGAAGUGAAAUCGCCGCCAGCCAUACAGAACUGCCCGCAGCCGGAGCCGAAAUCUCCGAAGAAGUCGCCUAAAAAAGAGGAACCGGAAACGCCUCCCGCUGCGGCCGCGGCGCCGCGGAGGAGAAGCACAAGAACAUCAAACACCGAAUCAGCAAACGUACCAGUCGAAUCACCGUCGGAAGCAAAGCCAGCGGAGCCGGAGUCCAGUGAGGCGAGGAGUGCGGAGCCGACUGCAGCUAGCUUCAUGGAAGUUGAGAAUCAGUUGGAGAAAAUGUUCGCCGGCUUAGAAGAAGCACCGGCCUCCGAGCGGACGGAGAGCGCCAGCGACAACAAACAGACGGCCAAGGCUAGGAAACGGAGAAAAUCUGCCCCCACCAAAGGCGAACGGAAGGCGUCCAAGCGCGCGAGCAGGGCUUCCACCGGCGACGAGGCGCCAAGGCGGAAGACGAUCAGGAAAAAAAUCGACAAAAAGAAAAAGGAAUCCGUCAAAGACGCGUACGACUCGGGCAGCAAUGCGAGCUCCAGUCGAUCGAGAGGACCCUACAUACAGAUCGUGGGUCCGCGGGAUUCCCCUGUUUCCGUGUCAGUCAUCAACGCGGCGGCCGGCGAGGAGGAGCGCAGGACUGCGGACGAGUGGAGGAACGGCCUGCGGGCGCGGGGUCUGCACGCGAGCACGCUGGGCCUCCGCUACGACGCCUCCACUCCGGACGCCUCCUGGCUGUGCGCCUUCUGCGAGCGGGGACCUCACCACUCGGGCCUGGGAGACCUAUUCGGACCUUAUCCCAUUGACGUCAACUCAGAGGAGUAUAGUACUCUGGACGAGUCAUCGAAGCGUCGUUUCACAUCGUCGUCCGGGGGUGCGGAGGUGUGGUUUCACGAGGCGUGCGGCGUCUGGGCACCAGGGCUGCUGGCGGCGGGCGCCCGACUCUGGGGGCUGGCGGAGGCCGUCUGCGGAGCCCGGGGCCUCCGCUGCGGGUCCUGCGGCCGGCAGGGCGCCGCCCUGGCCUGCUCCUCCCGCGCCUGCCAGGCCGCCACUCACUACCCCUGCGCCACCUCGUGGAAACUCACCGAUGACUUCAGAGCAUUCUGCCCCAGACACGCCUAGCGAGUGUUGUGUUACCACAGUGAUGUGUUUCUGUUACCUGAUUGUGUUUUGUGAUGAUUUGACCCGUUACCUGAUCAUGUUAGCGUCUAGGACCACCCGUGACUCCUACAACCCCCUGGUGUUCCAAGUGCCCGUGGGUGUUGUCUGUGUACGCUUAAACUUCUUAUCACUAUGGUGUACUUACGUCGCUAAGUUAUUGUAAAUCAACGUCUAAGUAUACUCCGUUUGUAUCAGUGAUGAUGGAAUCUCUCGUUACCGGAACUUAAAUCAAUAGCGUGGUCAGCCGGUGACUGAUCAUGAAUAUAUGUAUAGAGCAGAAUAAUCUCAAACUUAGUAUUUAGAACAGGUUCACAUUAAUAUGUAUCAUCAGCUAGACGAUUCUGUAAUCAAUAAUUAAGUAAAGUCUAAUACAAAAUUUUUCUACGCAAUAGUCACGUGUAAAUCUGCUCUUAUGUUACAACACGGAGAUCGUAUGCGAUCGCAAUGACCAUGAAGUUGACUCGAUGAGUCGAUGAUGAGUGCUGUAAUGGUAUUAGCGUGAUGUCGGUUUAACGAUGUCGCGCGCUGGUGUUCUGAUGCAAGCACAAUACUCCAUCAGGACUUGAAAAAAAUUAAAUUAUAUUGUUAUGAUAUAUGCAAUAUAUACAAACCGCUCUCGGCUUUCGUCUUGUAAAAUCGUAAUAAAAGAAUUUUAACAACCGCAAACUGUUUUUCUUUGACAAACGCUGUAGCGAUCCGCUGUUGUAACUCGACGCCAUAUAUGAUCUCAGAUGGUGGCAAACUAAUGUGAUGUUGUCCGUACGAAUAUAUUGUCGCUGAAAACAGAGUCGAUGGAGUAUUUGUUGGAUAUUCCCGAUAUUACAGAUAACUAACUAGAUAUAUAUAUUAUAUAUAUAUAGAUGUAAUAUAGAAAAUGUAGAUAAAUACUUGUUAAUGUUUUAGAAGUAAUUUAUCUGACGGUUUGAUAUAAAUCUUAAAAUAUAUGUACAGAUUAUUUUACUUAGCGUCGUGUAACCGGUGUAAAUAUAGCUGUAAUGUGUAUAGCAGCAUCAGAACACCACAUUUGUUUAAGAUGGUAUAAUCAGAUUCAACAGUAUUUGAUAUGAUCGAGGCGUGACGUUUUUGUCAUUCAACAUGUCGCUGGCGAUGUGAGAUGAGCCAUUUUGUUUUUAAUGCAUUUCAUUUUUUAUUGAAUGUCUAUAGAUUGUUUAUGGUGCGGUUGCCUUUGGUGUGUCGAAGUUAUUGACGGACGCAUCUGAUUAAUACGAAUGAUAUAUCUCGUUUAGCGUUUAAAUAAAUAGAUAGUUCAAGAUCUUUACCAAAUUAUUAAACAUUUAAAUCGGAACGGUUGUUAUUGAAACCAGUGAAUGAUAAUAAAAAGGUUACGUUCAGUGCGGAGCGUGUUUCAUAUGGAGCCGCUGCCAUCUUGUUUUUUGGGUGUUACAAGUUAAUGUCAUCGGAGAGGAAUAUUUUUUUGGUCUGUAAUUAUUACUUGCGUCUGAUUAUGAUGAUAUAUUUAUGAAACGUUUUUUUGCGUACAAAAUAUAUGGAUUUUUUUUAUACGAAUCACAAUUAUGAAUAUUGAAUCAUUUUAUGAAUUGUAAAAGAUAAAAACAACUUUAUUAAAGUUCACCAAACCUGAACGUCAUAGCGACAUUUCAACGGCCGUCUGUCUUAUGUUGGAUAUAAAUUGCGUACUUUGAUUCCGUUUAUGGCGGAUAGACUGUAUUUAGUGAAUAUAAGGUACAAAUUUACAUUAGGAAAAUCAGGCCAGUUUAGUAUUUUUAAAUCUUUAAUUGAACAACACCCAGAGCCUUACAUAUACGGUGUAUGAAUUUUUUUAUCACUUACAGUAAAUAAUUAUUAAGUAUGUAAGUGUUAUAAAUUCUAUUUAUCAUGACAUUAUAAGCAAAUUGAAAUACAACAUGUUUAAAAGGA